UCGAAUGUGUGUGAGAGGCGAGGAGGGCAGAGCCGAGCCGAGCUGUCAGGGCAGGAGAAAUACACACCAGAGAUGGGAAGCUCGAGUGAGCAGGAUGACUCAGAUGAUGACGAGAGCAGUCAGGGGCCGGUGAGCUACACGGAUCUCCCCAUGGAAGUGCGGCGGGUCCUGAAGAAAAUCGAGACAGCUCAGCUGGACAGAGCCAAAGAGGAGAUUGCUGAACGAUUGAAUAUCAUUCGGGACAGAGUGAAUGCAGCUUUACACCAUGCAAGACUGGGCAAGGAAUUGGACCGUCAGCGAGGACUGAGACUCAGACCUGCCAAUCAUCCUGACCAGCUGAAGGAAAGGGAUGGAUUCAUAGAUAUGAUCUCUGAUUUUUCAAAUACCAAUUUCACCAGAAAAAUGAUCUUGACGACCAUGUGGAAGUGGCUAUUAGACAGCCAUCAAAUAUUAACAGAGGAAAUAGAGGAACUGGAGGAUGAAGAGGAAGGGCAAUUGACAAAGGAUUGGAUCAAGGACACUGACAGGAAAGUACAAACCAGCUUAGCUGCCACCCAGGGCUGCAUCAUUCACAUUGCCAAACUGUGUAACACUCUGUUUGGUUUCGAAAAGAAAGAGAAGCCAAAAUUAAAACAGCGCAUGAAGGAAACUUGGAAGUGGUGGAGGGAGACUAGGUUGGAUCCCAAAACUGCCCUCACUCUCCAAGACCUAAAACCACUAUCUACCCAAGAAAUGUUGGAGCCAAACUCUGAAAACAUGGUGAAAAUAAGUUUGGAAGAUAUCGACGCAAUGCUAACAGACAUGGCAAAAAACCUUCCUUACAAGAAAGCCAUGAACAUUGCUUUCAGAUAUGUUAGGCAUUACGUAUCCAAUCUCUACAAAGCAUUUAAGUUGCGAUCGGAUGAAUAUUCUGAAGUGGAGAACGAAUUAAGGAAGCCCGACUCAUUCGGAAACCUGGCUCCGCAAGGCAGUCUUGUGCAGGAGCUGCAACGUCUUCGGGAUCAGCUGAAAUUGAUUAAAAGGAGAGCAGAACAAGCAGAGGGAAAUUACAUGGAGACUCGGGUACUCAACCAAAAACUUGAGGAAACAAUCAAAUUGAUGAGGUCCAAAAUGGAGAAUCUACAACACGGCCCCAAACAUUCGCCCUCCAUUGCAUUCACCUCUCCAGAUAUGCGACGCCCGUCUGUCAUCAGCCUGAAGAAGUAUGAGCUGAAGAAAACAAAGAGUAUCAUAAAAAAAGUCAGGGAGAAGACUCUUUUCCCAGACAUCAAGGAGGCAGAUAGUUUCAGAAGGGAGACGAAGAAGAAAGGUAUGGUGUCAGAACCCAAAGUGCAAAGCGUGCUGAAAGAGCCUUCAGUAGUCCGAAAGUUGGAGAUUAAAGAAGUGAUGGCCCAGCCUAUUAUCAAGGAGAGAGCAGAGGCAGAAGUGGCUUUGGAAGAAAAAACUCAAAUAAAGGAUAUUUUCAAAGCUUCCGCAACUAAACUUCUUCCUGAGGCCAGGUUUGAGGAGACGCACAAGAAAAUUAGUAGCCUUACAAUACCACCUAUGAAUGUCUCAAGACAACAAUUACUUGAAGAGGAGGAGGAUCAGGAUGGUGAUGCACAUGAGGUGGCCCUAGACAUUCUGAAGGAUUUUGAAAGAGCUAUUACCUAUUCGCUAGAUAAUGGAAUGGCCAGUGGCAAAGACCUUUCUGGAGACAAGCAGAAAAAGGUCCAGGACCUUCUGAAUACUCCAGAGCUAAGAAGUCUUUAUAGCACAAUUAUGACGAAGAUGAAAGAGAGUUUUGAGACCGCAACAAAGAAUCUCCCAGUAAAUGUUACCAAGCAAGCAAUGGUUGACGAAGGUAUUUCAGCUCAUCUUUUCGAAGAUUAUUCCAAUUAUUUAAAUGUCCCUCAGCAAGUAUCUCAAUUAAGUGCCUUGGUCAGUCCGAGCCUGCUGCCAAUACCAGUUUCAAGCAAAAAGUCAUUGUCUUCAUUGAAGCAGAUCACUUCUGCCCAAAAGGAAAAUCUUGAAGCUCUAACCCACAUGUUAAGCACUUCCCCAGAUGUGAAUCAGUUGAGCAGGGUGGCAGACGAAGCAGUCACUGAGCAGGUUGAAGACCACCCAUCGGUUAGCUCACCAGCCCAGGAAAUCACUGUCCGGAGGGAACAUCCAGAGCAGGGCUUGGUCUCUCAAACCAGAGCUCCAACUGGGACGAAGGAAGAAAUACGUUUGAAAAAACCUUCCUUCUUUGCUGAACAAGAGCGAAAGCAUCAUGCAGAAAUGUCAGCUAACUCAUAUACCAUCAGUGCGGACUUCCUGAGGACAAACGUUAAGACUUUGGACCAAGCCAUGUACCAAGGUGUCAUUUCCCCGCAGCUUCACACAAUAGCCACAACUCUCAUUGAUCAAACCCGACGCAGCGUUGCUCUUCGCUUGUCAUUUCUCUUCAGGAAGUACAUUGCCUUUCGCCGCAUCCAAGAACUGAGGGCUCAAAUCCAUAUCUUGCUGAUUCAGAGGCAGGAUUUCUACCAACUGAGCUAG